AGCUGACACUUCACUCUCAUUCACUCGAUGUUGAGCUCUGAGCCCUCUCGAAACGACUGAAAAGACUCGGCAUUGCUGCUCUGCACCGCAUCUUCUCGAGGAUCGUAGUUCGCUCCAGCUCCUGAGCUGUUGGAGAACGCGUGUUGCUAGAAUCCUCCGUGGACCCGAAGCACAUCUCCCCUCUCUUCGUUGGUAGCUCAGAGAUUCACGUGAUCUAAGGAGCUCCGUGAGAAAUACUGCGGCAAGAUGUCGACCCGUCAACCAAGUUUCGACCAAAUGCUCUCGAGUAUGCCUAGAGACAUCGAGAAAGGCGUUGUGACAGCCAACAGCCUCCUCCAUCAGAAGGCUCACGAGAUCAAACAGCAAGGCGUGAACUGGACCACAUACGAACAAUUGCACUUCAUCAAUCCGGAAGACUUCCAGUUUAUCAAAAAUUACGAAGCAGCUGGAACGCCGGAGAAGCGCACGGCGCUGCUGGCCGAUGAGCAGAAUGGACAACAGUGCGCCAAAACGUUAUGCGUUCUCCUCGCAAACGUAUCCAAAGAUCAGACCGUUCAGUAUCUCUUGAUAUUGAUCGAUGACAUGUUCGAGGAAGAUAUAAAACGCGUCGAGAUCUUCCGGGAAUGGACCCGCAAAAGGAAGGAGUCGGUGUUCGCUCCGUUUCUCAAUCUCCUGCAGAGACCGGAUCGCUUCAUCGUGAACAUGGCGGCUCGCAUCGUCGCGAAGAUCGCUUACAAUUCCAAGCCCCGUAUGGAAGAGCCCGAGCUCACGAAGUACCUCUCUUGGCUCAAGGAGCAACUCAAGCUGCCCAACAACGAAUACGUCCAGUCUGCUGCUCGAUGCCUCCAGAUGAUGUUGAGAAUCGACGAAUACCGUGAGCCCUUCAGCCAAAUCGAAGGAGUUCAAGUCAUCGUCGAGGUCCUUCGAACUGGAAACAUGAACUUCCAAAUGCAAUAUCAGUGCACGUUCUGCCUGUGGGUUCUGGCCUUCAACCCAGGUCUAUGCGCUCGGAUGAGCCGCCUUAACAUCGUUCCCGUUCUCUCGGACAUACUCACGCAGAGUCAGAAGGAGAAAGUGACCCGCAUCGUCCUCGCAACCCUCAGGAACUUCCUCGAGAAACCCCAAGAACCGAGCAUCGUUCGCGAGAACUCCAUCGCCAUGAUCCAGUGCAAGGUCCUGAAAAAUCUCGUGAACCUCCAGCAAAACCCGCGUGAGGAUCCGGACGUUGUCGACGACAUCGACUAUCUAGUGGAGAAAUUGCAGAUUCUGGAGCAAGAUAUGUCAUCAUACGACGAAUACAUGAACGAAGUCAAAACCGGACGUCUCGAAUGGUCACCUGUGCAUAGCUCUGAGAAGUUCUGGCGAGAAAACUCCGAGAAACUCAACGAGAGAAACUACGAGCUCCUCAAGAUGUUGAUUUCCCUUCUCGAGAGCGACGACUCCCUCAUCGUGACCGUCGCGGCUCAUGACCUCGGCGAAUACGUCCGACAUUAUCCUCGUGGAAAACAGGUCAUCGAAAAACUGAACGGGAAACACCGUGUUAUGCAGCUGCUUUCGCACAGCGAUCCCAACGUACGCUAUGAAGCUCUGCUCUGUGUACAGAAGCUUAUCGUCCACAAGUGGGAGUACCUCGGCAGACAGAUGCAGUCUGAGCAGCCAGCGAAGAAAACACCGGCGGUCCGAGCUAAUUGAAUUAUAUAACGAGUUGGAUCCACAGUGACUGGCCUCCCGUCUCGGCUCGACUUUUCAUCCACACGAUUCUAAACUCCGAUUAGAGAGCACGAGCGAGGGUGAUGUUUUUCGUUGGAGGUCCCUGGCAGAAUCAGGUUCGAUUGCUGUUGCUUGAGUAGAUGACCCAUAUCAAUGAUUCCAAUGGUCCGUGUUAAGUACUACGCACAUUGUUUCCUGCGAAAAUCUCUUCUGACCGACCUUAGAGCCUAGUCGAUGCGAUUGAUCGCUCGUUGGGGGGAUGUUUGGCACGAUCGAUUCUAAAAUCCGAGAAGAAGAGGUUCAUUAGUUCAUCUUUCGAGUCUUUAUUUUCUGGUCUCCGUCAGAAUGCGGAAUCCAUUGGCAGAAAUCAGACGCGACGAACCUCUGAGGAUAUGAAGCUGAGAACGAUUAGGAUAUGAGAGUGAUCUGAGAAUGGAGCAAACAGGGCCGUUCCUAAUUCUUCAGCUUUAGUUCAACUCUCCGCCUCCGACAGUAUUAGCGAUUUUCGGUAUCGCCUUCGAAUGUUGUGUUAUAUCUGUUGCAAUGCGCAUGACUGACUGACUAAAUACUUCCAAGUAUGAGGAAUAAACGUUACUUGAUG